AGAUCUGUCAAUUCCUUCCCCGAUCCAUGAGCGCUGUCUCUCCAAAGUAGUUUCACUGCAUGCUGUCACAGGCAGUGACACAGGGGAUUUAAACUCACAACAUUCCGACAGUUGAGACAUUUCACAAGUGAGGCAGCGGAACCAAAACCACUCUGGGCGUCUCAUCUCAGCCCUCCAUGCUCCUGCAAUCCGGCGGGUGUUAAGAUCCAUGGAAGUGGCCGGCUUCUACGACGAGGGCAGCUUUGCUAUCCACAGUAGAGACAGCAUUAUCAGUCCCAUCGGCAGCGGCUCGUACUGGAGGGUCGGCGACCCGAUGACGGAGGUGGGCAUUGAAGAGCGGGAGAGAGCGAUAGACUUCAGCGUUUACCUGGAUUCAGCUUUGCACUGUCCGCAGCAGCAGCAACAGGGAGACGUUUUCUCAGAUUUCCUGGCGGAGAGCAACAAGAUCAAGAGAGUUGCAGCUUUACAGAACUACAAGAACUACUCGCUGUUGAACGAGCUGGAGGCGAGUCAGUGCGACAACUUGAGGGACCCCAGGGAGCCCUACGCGCUGGGUUACGCUGAGCUGCAGGAGACCCGUGUGGAUAGUGUGCUCAGCCCUGAACUCGUCGGGAGCCGCUACAGAGCUGCGGCUGCUGCUGCUGAGAGAGACGACAGCCAGGAAGACGCAAAGAUGGAGAACGGGUCGUCUGGUUUUGACAUGAGGUAUCUUCAUUACCAGUCCACCAGCGGCAGUCUUGGAAACAUCUCCACCGCGUCCUCGACUUGCUCCAGCCCGCCCGGCACACCUGCCCCGUCAGGUAAAAGCAGGUCACCGUCGCACGGUGGCAAAAUGUCCAGCGGGAAAGCAAAGAAACGCCUGGACAAGGACAGUGAAGAGUACAGGGUGAGGCGGGAGAGGAACAACCUCGCCGUGAGGAAGAGCAGGGACAAAGCCAAAAUGCGCAACAUGGAGACUCAACAUAAAGUGCUGGAACUGGCUGCAGAAAAUGAUCGUUUACAAAAGCGUGUAGAGCAGCUGUCCAGAGAGCUGGCCACCCUGCGCAACCUGCUCUCUGCCACCGGACCAUAGAAACCUCCAGGAUCUCUGAGCUGCUUGUCAUCAUUGAUGGACUUUAGAGGCGGAGGUGAUCCACUGAACAAGUGUUGAAAACGGUACGCUUCACAGGUGAAGACAGUGACCACCAGUUUACAAGGGCACUUUGAAUGGGACUGAAGAAGUGGGCGCAUGGAUUGCGCAAUCAUUCACGAUUCUUCACAUGUCACAGUAGCUUGAUUCUCAGAUGUAAUUUUGUGUAUGCAGUAUUUCUGUGCAGGUUUUACAUACAUGCGAGUGAAUUUCUACAUUUUGUCCUAUAUGGAUCACUGGUUUUCAAGAAAAGAUGUGUUGUACUGCAGUGAAAUGAUGCAACUCUUUGUAAUAGUAUUGGCAAUGAAUGAAAUAAGUCUUUAUUUAAUAUUAAAAGGGGAAAUGCUUUAAUUGUACUUGAUAUUAUAUUGAAUUAAACAGAUUUAUACUUUGUCUAAAAGA